AUGGCAUCAAUACAUCACCUUCCCAGCGAAAAGACGAAGUCAGACUUGGAGGGUUUGAAUGUCAGCGUCCCACCAACCGAUGCCACCGCGAAGAUUCUCGAGCCGCUAUUCUUUCUCCUAGCAGCCCGUCGAGGUCUGCGAGCAGACCCUACUUUCGAGUCUCUGAAUGUUCCAGAUGACAGGAUCAUCACCUCUACCGGCAAAUCUGGCCUGGAUAUAUUGAACACAGCCUCAUCUUUCGAUCGCAGCAUCGCAGCACUCGCGUGGCUCGCCGAAGGGUAA